AUGCUCUUUCGCGAUGCAUUAGCUGACUGUAGCGGCGAGAUCGACGCGGACGAAGUGGCAGACAUGCUGGAGACCAUCUUCGCCCAGUCUGGCGCGGCCAAGCAAGGCGAGAUCCACAAAUACGUCGAGGAAUUCAUGCGUGUGGUGAACAAAGAUAACAGCGGCUUGGUGUCGUUCGAAGAGUUCGUCGAGGCGCUGGAGAACGGCCUCAAGAUCGAGGUGGAGGUGUACACGCCAUGUAGACCCAAGGCCUCGGCUCUGGUAGCCAGACCGGAGCAUGGGCUGGCAGCUAUCAAUGCGAACGAGGACGAUGCGGGAGAUGCGAGCGAGAACGACGAGUCGAAGGUCGUUGACCGAAUGUCAACAAUUCGCGAGCCGCGAUGCCUCUCGGCGGCUGCGUCAUCGGCUCCUGCCAUGUGUCGCGAGCACGACGUUCUAAAUGUGGAGGAAUUCUUCGGUAGCGACAUCGCGGCGCAGAUGAAGACUGCGUACGAGUUCUUACUUCUCAACUGUCUCGUCAGUGGGGCGGAGGGUAUUGCCAAAAGUCUCAUAGAGAUGGCAGAGAUCGUCGUAGCCUCCUAA